UACAAAUCCAGUUAUCGUUGCCAAAACUCUUUCCCCCGCUGUUGUUUUUUGUUUUUUUUUCCCCCUCCGGUCCUACCGAAAUCAAUCCAUCAAGCUUUCUGCAAAGUUACGUAACCACGACACUCCCGUAUCGCCCUUCGCUUACCGUAAGCCGAGACCUGGGGUACAUAUGACACGCGGUGCCGGAACAAAAUUGCGAGUGUUUUCACGGCCGGUCGGUCGGGCAAAGCUUGAUUACUCUGGGCCUUGAAGUCAAGCGAUUGGCUCGCACCGAGGUCUAGGCACUGGCGCGUUCGGAUGGAUGGAUGGAUGGAUGGAUGGAUGAUGCGAGAAAGCAUCUCGUGUCACUCGAUCGGACUGCUCGAGUGGGUGGCGCGCAGUUCUUGUUUCUUCUUCGAGCCAAAGUGGAAGCCUGGGCCGUUGCUUUGGGAGGUCUCGUUCCUUUUUCUCUUUUCAUGCUUUUUUUUCCUCUGCUAAGGAUUGCUUUUGCGACGCGGAGAAUCGGGAUUGAACCGCGUUCUUUUUUUCCAUUUCCCAUUUUUCUAUCAGGGAUCAUACUGUGGAAGGUGGUUGUCGGUAGGGAUUUCAGUACGGCGCGUGAUGAAUCGGCUUUUGGUACUUGUACCAGUGUGUAUCUGGUACACGUGGGCUACCUGUGAUGCUAUGGUACUGUACUGUGCUUGGGGAUCACGAUGCAAGUUGGCGGAGUUGUGACUGAGCGGUCGGGUGACUUUCUACCGUGCUAUACUCAAUUUCUCGAGACUACCGUGGCCUCGACAACUACAGAACACUGUGGCCAAAAGCCUAACUAUAUACCAGUGGUUCGGAUCCAUAAGCAAUACAGUACUCUAUUCUGCGAUAGCGGCCUACUGGAAAGCCUGAUAAUACAAGUACGAGAGGACAAGCCGUCCAUCAGUCCUGGUUGUACGCUCCUUCCAGAGAACGAUACAAGCGGUCCCGAAAGCUGUGGUAGGAAUCGUGCGAAAUGCGGGUAUUUGUGGACAGGGGAAACAGGGGGCAAUCACACCACUUAGCCUAUAUCGCGGUGAAAUGGAAAGAAUUGAAAUAGUCGUGAUGGGAAACUGCCGCAUCGUCAUUAAUAACGGCCCUCCCCCAAAACGCAGUCCUGUGAAAGCAAACGGUUCAUAGCCUUGUCCCGCAAAGUGGUGUUAAUAAUUCGCUGCAAUGUCAGAUAUCCAGGCGAGCACGCUUUUCUCCGCGAAGGGUUUGGUGGCCGUGGUCACCGGUGGGGGAACAGGUACGUCGAGCGGUAAAACGCAACGUGCGGUAUCAUCUCGAUAUUUAGCAUUCCUACAAUGAACUACGACUGAGGAAUGGAUCAACUUGGUGUUAGGAAUCGGCUUGAUGAUCGCAACCGCCCUGGAACAUAACGGUGCGACAAAGGUCUAUAUCGUCGGCCGCCGCAAAGAGGUUUUGGAAAACGCGGCGAGAGUGCAUUCUGUACUUAUUUCCACCCCCGUAUCAUAAGCACAAACUCUGACAUGGCGGCACGGGGUUUUUAGAAACACGGCAAUAUUAUCCCCAUCGUGGGAGAAGUCACUUCUAAAGAAUCGCUUGAAGCCAUCGUCAAGACCGUCGAGAGUGAGGUCGGCUAUGUCAACUUGCUCGUUAACAAUGCCGGCAUGUGCGGCAGAAGACACAACGUCCUUCCCGCCCCACCAGGGCUGGUGAGUCGCCCUGGUGCAGCGGAGCAGUACAAAAACAUAGAGGACGUGCAGAAGUUUUUGUGGGAGGAUUCCAUGGAGGAGUGGGAGGGUACCUUUAGGGGUAUGUCUGCUUGUGACUCCCCUUGGGGCCGGGGAUCUUUUGUAUGGCUACUGACGCAAAGGAGCAAGACAACAGUCAAUGUCACUGGCGCCUGGUUCGCGAGCGUCGCGUUCUUGAGAUUGCUAGACCAAGGGAAUAAACGUGGGGUCGUGGAGCAGUCUAGUCAGGUACUGUGCCGCUCUCCCUUUAUCUUUCCCUCGACCGCAAUACCAGAUCUUCACAGGGCUAGUCUUCUUACUUCCAGCAGAUCAUAACCAUUACUUCAAUCGCUAGCUUCCUAAGAAACUUAGGAACUUGCUUCUCCUAUAACGCCAGUAAAGCCGCGAUCACACAGGUAGCCAAAAUGCUCGCGACUCAUUUCCCACAAUAUGGAAUUCGCUGCGUAUUACCCCUCACACUCCUUCAGUCUGUCUUUGGGCCCAGGCUGACCUGCAACGAAAGAACAUGAUUGCUCCAGGGUGUAUGCUCCCCCAUUCCCGAACCAUAUCAAGCGAAAAGCCCGUCUAGAUAGGAAAACCGCUAACUGUCUGACUUCAGUAUUCCCCUCAGAGCUGACUGCGGGGUCUGGAAAAAUGGAUUCGGGUAAUAAGAAUCAACUAGAUGCCUUCCCGGCGGAACGGAUCCCGUUGAAAAGGCCAGGGAGCGACGAGGAUAUGGCAGGGGCGAUAUUGUACCUGGCCGGGAGAGCCGGAGCAUACGUGAAUGGAAACGUGAUGGUUGUUGAUGGAGGCAGGAUGUCGGUUUUGCCGGCGACAUACUAGUCUAGUAGAUUAACAGGCGCCAGAUUCCUAGCUUUGUAUGGGCAGAUAGUGGCAAUUGUCAUAGAUUGUCUCACUACUUAGCAAUCGGAAGAGUGAAGGAUUUCUGCCG